UUGGGCGCGCCCACUGGAGUGGGUGGCACAGUUUGAAGUGGAAUGGAAUGGAAUAGCGGUGCUAACGGUUGUGUGUGAAAUGCUGCCGUUCGCCGGCGUUGGGGGUGGGGAGCUGAUGUCUGCCUGGGAAGCGGCGGCCGGCUGACUUUUAUUUUCGUCUUAUUAUUGUCGACGAUGACUUAAGCUUGAAUCAAGAUUUAGUAACAGCAGAAAUGAGCUUGACGUCCUGGUUUUUGGUGAGCAGCGGAGGCACUCGUCACCGCCUACCACGUGAAAUGAUCUUUGUAGGCCGGGAUGACUGUGAAUUGAUGUUGCAGAUGGCCAAAGUGUGCAAAGUCCUGCAGAUACGAUCCCGCAGUGUGGACAAGCAACAUGCUGUGAUCAACUAUAACUCUACUGAAGAUGAGCAUAAAGUAAAGGACCUUGGCAGUCUAAACGGGACAUUUGUUAAUGAAGCCCGCAUCCCAGAGCAAACCUAUAUCACUCUGAAGAUUGAUGAUAAACUUCGAUUUGGUUAUGAUACUAAUUUGUUUACUGUGGUGAGAGGGGAACUGCGAGUCCCUGAGGAAGCACUUAAGCAUGAAAAGUUUACAAGCCAAUUGCAGUUACCACAGAAACCUCCAGAGGCUGAAGAAUCAAAGGAGAUGAUGGAUGGCUCUGUGGAGGCCAGAGCAGAUGUGAUUGCCAAUACAGUAGACUUGCACAAAGCUGCAGCAGAUAUUUCUUCUAUGCCAGUAGCCCGAGGUACCCCUCUCUAUGGACAGCCUGCUUGGUGGGGUGAAGAUGAUGCAGAUGAUGAAAAUUCAAGUAAGCAGGACUCCAAGCCAGUGAGUGUGAAGCUAGAAAGCAGUGCUAUAGGAGGAAACGUCAAGGAAGUUGGUAAACCUGAAGAUGAUAGCAAAAACUUACAAGAAGAAGUAAUUUAUCCAUUUUGCAGGGAACCAAGCUAUUUUGAAAUCCCUACUAAAGAAUUUCAUCAGUCUGUCCCAUCAGUGGAAAGUUCAAUUCAUGAAAUCCCAACGAAGGAUACAGAGGCUUCACGUGCAGUAGUGCAAGGACAUGCUUCAUUUACAAUAGAAUUUGAUGACCACACUCCAGGCAAAGUAACAAUCAAAGAUCAUGUCACUAAAUUCACUCCUGAUCAACGUCAGAAGCUGAAGAAGUCUCCACCAGCCACUAAAGAGCUAUCUGGACUCCAGGCUGCGAUGAUUGCAGCAGAAAGCAAAGUGGCCGAUUGGUUGGCACAAAAUGAUCCGCCCAGAAUGAGACGGGAAUCAGUGGAUGAUGAUUCCAAAAGCAUAAAGAGUGACCUCACAAUUCAAAUGAGACGGUUAAAAGGAAAUAAACAUGAUGAUGGAACACAAAGUGAUACGGAAAAUGGAAAUGGUCAACUGCGUGCCCACAAACAUGCUGCACUUGAAGAUCAAUUGAGGAUGUAUCGUGCAGAACAACAGAGGCUUCAUCUUCAGAAGACUGCAACUUCAGAAAAGGCCCAUGAAGUUUCUUCAAUGAGUCGGACUGCCUUUAUGAUUGAGUUCUUUGAUGAAGAUAACCCACGAAAGAGACGAUCCUAUUCUUUCACUCAGAUUGCAGCAGCUGUACCUCAAGAAGGUCCUCAUCCAUUUCCACCUGCAAAGCCAGACCGGUCAAAAGCUAGUAUGGCUGAAUCAAAGGUAGCUUCAUUAUCACAUCAACCAAGUCCUCCUCAUGCUAAAUCAUCACACAUUAUACAUGAGCUUCAUCAAACAAAACAUUUACAGAAACAAAAAUCUGAUGAAUCAUCAGUUCCUUUAGUAACGGCCCAAGCACCUCAGCAGAGAAGCACUGCACAAAGACUGAACCAAAGUCAUCUGGAGCAACAAACAAUAAUUUCACCAACUGCUUCAAAGGAAAAUGAUGAUGACCAAAGUGACAAAGGAACAUACACAAUUGAACUUGAAAAUUCCAAUACAGAGGAAGAGGAAGCUCGUAGAAUGAUUGACACGGUGUUUGGAGUAGUAGAUUCCCCCAAUUACACUGGCUGUGGUAUAACAAGGCCAGUCAUUGCUGAACAAAAGAUCAAAUGGAAACAAAAUUCUGCUGAACAAGCAACAGAUGCAAGAAAUGGAGAACUUAGUAAAGAACUUUUGAAUGACUCUGAGAGUCGUCCUGAAGGAUCCUUUGCACCGACUUCUCCCAGAUGGCUGUCACAGUGGGCAAAUUUAGCUGCCAAUGACGUGGCAGCACCGACUUCUGUUGCUCAAGACCAAGAUGCAGAUAUCAGUGAAUCUGGUAUUUCGGCAAAGAGCACAUCAACGACUUCAGAAACUGCUUCAGCCUGUGUGGGCGAGAGAAAGAGAAGAACACUCCCACAACUUCCAGUGGAGGAUAAAAUGGUGGAAGGCCAAAGGUCAAAAGAUGCCCUCACUUUAAGCCUCACAAAACCCAGACGGGAAAUAGAUGAAAAACAAGACACUGAGCUCCCUGAGAAAGAAACUACAACUCCACCUCACCAAAAAGACAAGCAAAAGGGGUACACCAAUACAACCUGGCCAGCAGAUGGCUCUAGUGUUAAAACCAGUAGUGCUGGAGAUGCUCACGGUGAAACUACAAACAGCAAGGAAGCUAUAGUGUUUCGUUCUAGUAACUCCACACAGUCCAUUAAAGCGAAAGCGGAUUCUAUCAGGGGAAUAUCAGCAGCAAGGCAACCUUCACCAAAAACUCAACAACAGGGCCACAAAGAAAGUUUAUACCAUCGGAGCUCUUCUAAAACGAUGACUGCCAGUAAGCCUUUACUUAGCACUGCCAACCAAACUGAUAAAAGCAGAGAAGCAUCGCCAAGGCAAGUGGCCUCCCAAAAACCUCAUGUGCGGGAAUCCAAGCAAGCUAUUGCCGCAAGCCCUUCAGACAAAGCAGAAGUUCAAAGUGAAGAUAAACUCAAGAAAUCAGAGGAGCCUACAAGAGGGCACAGUUCAAAAGGUGCAGACACAGAGAAAAAAGAUUCUCCCAGACCUUUGGUCAGACAGGGAAGCUUCACUAUAGAGAAGCCAAGUGGUAAUGUGCCCUUAGAGCUCAUACCCCGUAUUAGUAAGCAGUCUGGUUCAUCCAGUGAUGCACAUAAAAUCACACGCAAUCGAGAAAGGAGUAAUUCUAUUGGGGCAGACUCCACCAGUGGCACUACUGCAUUGUUGAAGGAUACUGAGGCAGUGAUGGCUUUCCUUGAGGCAAAGCUAAAGGAUGAGAACAAACUGGAUGGUGAAGCAGAAACUCCAAGUUACCACAGGGAUGAUUCCAUUUCCCCUGAAUCAGAUGUUGACACUGCUAGUACUAUCAGCUUAGUUAGUGGAGACGCAGAAAAGAAAUCUCUUCAAAAACGGAGAACUUUAAGUAAUCUUCACAAGGAGAAAAGCUUCACAAAAUCUCCUAAGGAUCAGUCUAGGGCUGUUGCAUCCAAUGCUAGAGAAAAACUUGUAGACAGGAAAACCAAAAGUCGUGUUUCGGACCCUAAUGUUAGAACAGAACCACGCAGAUCAAUACAGCCCACUGGAAGAGCAAGACAGGCCUCUUUUGACUUAACUGAUGAUGACCAAACCUCAAGCUUACCUCAGUCCACCAUCUCUGAUUUUCUUUCUUCAGAUCAGGAGACUUAUUCCAGCCGAUCUCAAGGGCGAACAUCAUUUACGUCCACAGAUGAGUUAUUGCAUUCUAAACUGGAGGGCAAUAAAUUAUCCAAGACAAAAGCUACAACUAUUGGCUCAGCCAGCAAAUCGACCACACUACCCAAGCCUCGGCCAACCAGAGCAUCUAUUUUACGUAGGGCACGCCUUGGAGAUGUAUCGGAUAAUGAACUAGCUGAUGCAGAUAAAGUUUCAGUGGUGUCUGAAGUAUCUACAACUAGUUCAACUACAUCAAAGCCACCCACAGGCAGAAAAACUCCCUCCAGAUUGGAUCUCCUCGCUCAACCACGCCGUAACCGACUGGGUUCAAUAUCAGCUCGCAGUGACUCUGAAGCAACAAUAACUAGGAGUAAUGUUGGUCGAAGUGGUGACUCCUCCAUUCGGAGUAACUUGCGUGGCACCUCAAUGGUAGACAGCAAAGUGUCUCCCAGACUUCGUGCUAAUAGCAUUUCAAGAAUGCCUGAUUCUUCUAAAAGCAAAGUAUCUGCAAUUGGACCAGGUUCCCCAUCAGUUAUGUUGCAAGGUCCAAGAUGGAGGCGCUUUCCUACAGAUUAUGCUUCAACCUCGGAAGAUGAAUUUGGGUCAAAUCGUAGCUCACCCAAACAUAGCCGCUUACGAACCAGUACUGCACUGAGGAGCGCUAAACUGCAAAAUAGUAAUGUAACACCAUCAACCAACGUGCUCCUGAAAAAUAAGAUGAAGGAGCAGGAUGACUACAUAAGAGACUGGACUGCUCACAGUGAGGAAAUUGCCAGGUAUCUUUCAAUAUCAAAGAUCAGUCAAGAUCUGGCCAAGGAUCUGGCCAUCCUUGCACGUGAAAUCCAUGACGUGGCAGGUGAGAUAGAUUCUGUGAGUUCAUCAGGCACAGCCCCUAGUACCACAGUAAGCACUGCUGCCACCACCCCUGGUUCAACCAUUGACACAAGGGAAGAGGUAGGAGACCUUCAUGGAGGAAUGCCUAAGUUGGUUGAUCGUGUUUUUGAUGAAAGUUUGAACUUCAGAAAAAUUCCUCCAGUGCCAUGUAUAAAACCAGCAGCUGGGAAUGGUCGACCGAGUGAAACCAGAUCUCGGAUUUUAGAAGCUGCUGAUCAGGCUGCUACAAAGAGGAAAACGUGGACUAGAGAUGAAGUUGUUUUAGACAGUUUGAUGCUGACCUCCGUAUCCCAGCUGUCGCAAAAAAUACGGCUUGCAAUGGAGAAAACUGCUCUGAAGAUCAGGAUUUUGUUUAAAAAUGAAGACAGAAACUGGGAAGAAAUAGAAAGCAAAAUGCGAUCUGAGAGUGAAGUUCCUAUCCUGAAAACUUCAAAUAAGGAGAUUUCACUGAUCCUACAGGAGUUGAAAAGAGUAGAGAAACAACUUCAAGCCAUUAAUGUGAUGAUUGAUCCAGAUGGUGUGCUGGAUUCAGCAUGUGGCCUGAAAACAAGUCCCAGUUUGCCUGGACAGCCCAAACAGAAGAGCAGUCCGACCCGCCAUUCUCGUAUCUCUGACUCUGACUACAGCAACCAUUUAAGCCAGUGCAAACACAAUGGAGAAGAUAAAGACAAUACUUUGCAUGAGUAGCAUUGUUUUGUAGUCUCUUUAAAGUGGCAAAGCACAUACCAACAGACCACAUUUUUGAUUUGGCCUGUGUUGAUGAGAACAUUUGCUUGCCAUUUAAUUAUGUAGCCUCAAGGUAUUUUCUUGCUUUCCGUGGUUCUUUUGUCACCACGUUACUCUUGCUAGAGCUGUAAGCUUUGCAUCCAUCCAAUAACGGAACAUUAGGGUUGGGGGGGGAGGGGGGGUAAUGGGGUUACAGGGAAGGACACAUUGGUGUGCAUUAAAAUGUGAAUCACAUUGACAGAUUCAUAAGUCAUCUUCAAAAUGAAAUGGCGAAGCAAAUUGGCAUUACUGAAACUGGAAUAAAAAAUACAGUGUAAAAUGGAUGAAUUUAUAGGCAAUACAAGCCAAGAAUAGUGAAAAACAAAAAAAUUAGUGCCAAACUGCUCAAUAUGUUGGUCAGUUUGAAGCACAUGUUAUGUUGAAUCAAGGACUGAUGUUUGUUAUUUAUGUGUGUUUAACAUAUAAACCACAGAUUCUGCAUAGGAUAUACCUUAAUUGUAUAAAGUAGAAAACACGUUCAGCAAUUAUUGUAACAUGAGAAAAAUCUGUGCUUUAUGCUCUGGUUAGAAGUUGGUAAUGCUGAAAAGUCCUGUUGAUUGCAACAUUUUUAGCAUACAUUUUUGCACUAUUAGCAACAACAUGAGCUGCAGGAUGGGAGUAUUGCAUUGAUGGUAUUUCAUUUUUGUUUGUUCUUUUUGUCCAUCACAUUUAAACAAAACUACAAACCAGCAAAAAUAACAAAUGUUGCAUUGACUUUUUAGAACUUGAUUGAAGGGUUAUGUAUCAUUUAGUUCAAAGGAAAAAAAUGGGAUGUUUUCAGUUCUGUUACAGUAGAGUGAUUAACCAAUCAGGAAGAGUGCUCACAAUCAGUGUCUCAUAAGGGAUUGACUCCUAUCAAAUCUCAGUUAGCCUACAGGUUGUAGUGCAUUUGUGUGAAUUCGUGCAUCUUAUUUUUAAAGCAAAUCUUUGAAUUAGGCAGGCACGGGUGAGACGGUACACAUUCACAUCCGUGACAUAGUUUUGCAUCCAUUUCAAAAUAGGGAUAAAAGUUUCCUCACACGCAUCCACUUGAUGUGAAAUGAGUUUAGGACAUUCUCUGCACUAUUUUUCGGCAGGGGUUAACAAAUUUUAACCAUGAUCAAUUCAGAAAACUAUAGCAGUGUGAGAUGAAUAGAAAAGAAAAGUGGUACUGAAAACCUACUAGAUUAUACUAGAGUACUUGGCUUUGUUCUAUAUUUGACACAACUAUACCAGAUCUGAGUGGUUUAUUGCUCACUACAUGUUCCCUUUACCAAUAAUGAUAACCCCCUUUCCAACAAGAUUUCUUCGUAACAAUAACUAUUCUCCGUCCAUCACAUAAAAAAAGUUGAUAUGAAAAAUCUCUCACAUUGUUCCCAGGUAAAAUUAACUUGGUAAAUCUUUAUUGAUUUCUUAAUGGUUGUAAAGUCAUAAUGCGGAAUGUUUUGUUAUUCAACUUUGAAAUGACACUUGGAGAAGCCAUAAACAUGCAUGCAAUGAGAAAUGGAAGCCAUUUGAUGCAAAUAGAAUAUGUAUUUCUGAGAUUGCAUUUAAGAUAUUAGUUGGGAGAUGGAGAGAUCUGUACAAAAUCUUCCCUGAAAGCAUUUGUUGUCAAUUCUGGGUAGCAAAGGUCUGUGUGGUAUUCUCCACCACCAGUGUUAUUUGUGUUGACCAACAUUAUCAACAGUCAUUUUUAAGGGAAACAGUAAUUUUAACCUAAUUAAUGUUUAAUCACAGAACAGCAUAUAACUAUUUGGUUAUGUCGUGACUAGGUUAAUAUAAUGUUUGUGUUUUGGUAAGUGAAUACUUCUAGUUCCAUACUGCCUACCUGAAUCAAAUAUUCAUGUGCUUAGAAAGAUACAUAACACACUUUAGGCCUUAAACUAACACUACUGUGUGUUUGCCACCUGGAGGUAAAAGUGUAGCCACUCCUCUCCCUUUUACUUUUCAGCCUCUCUAAGAAGAAAGCUGGAAUUGAACCUGACAGUUGUGUAUCAGAUCUACAUCACACCCUUCUAGGCUCUCUGCAGCAAACAGCCAACUUGCUUUUAAGCUGUGCAGUAAAUGACAAAGAUGGGCUGAAUGUUACAUCAGUCAAUUUUGGUAAAAGUUGUCCUGAGUGGCAAUAAUUCUCUGGUACAAGUUAACCUCCUACAAAGUAAAUCAGCCGCCUUGAGAUAUUUUGAAGAAUGAACCUAUUUUUGUGGCCAAAUCACUCAUGGCACUGCCUUGCUUUGUUAUUGAUUGCCACAUAGACUGCUUUCUGUACAAGUACUGACUUUAUGAUGUAACCUUGGAAGAAAAGAAGUGCUGCAUGACCAAGCAUCAUCUGUGUAGUGAUUCAAGAGAGAUAGUAAGGGGGGGAAAAAAGAGAGAGCAACAACAAUCUGUUAUGAUUCACACAUGAUCAUAUCAUUUAUAAGUGUUUUUACAUGAUCCAAAUAGUGCUAAAUAGACUAACCCUACCUACUUUGUUAUUGACAAGUUGAUUGGUAAUGCCCUUAUAUAUAAACAAGAUGUGUUUCUAAGAUAUCUUCAGUUCAGUCAUUAUGGCUUCUACCAGGCUCUGUAUCAGUCCAGAUCACCACACUAAUGAUAAUUUUACUCUGAAAUAGUUACUGAAAACAUAGUUGAAUAAACUAAGCAAUAGUCAAGGUGUGUGGUAUUGAAAAUGUUUGCAUUGACAUUUUGCAUAUUUCUGUUCAGUUACACCAUUACAUUGCGCGAAUGCGGAUAUGAUACUUAAAUUUAAUUUACUAUUCACCACAAUUUUGAUACACAAAAUUGAUCAGGGUAUUCUCAUUAAUUUGUGAUGUGAAUUCAGUGAUGCAAAACACUGUGCAAUAUUAAGCUAACACUAAGCCAAUAUUAGGUUUUGGUAACCUGAAAUAGGCAUUAGAUUGGCAAUGUGGAAUUGCUCCCAACUAACUUUUGAAUAUUGGAUGGUUUGGGGAAAACAUGAUUUUCACUCUAAACUGAGAUUACCAAAUGUUGCCUGUACUUUCUCUCUUUUCCCCCUUUCUCUUUGGCUGGUAAUUAUUACAAUAGCAAAAGAAUAAUUUUGCCCUAUAGAUGGAAAUGUGAUUAGCUGGUAUACUAUGCUUCACUAAUAAAAAGCAAUGGAAUGAAUUUUCCAAUUUCUAAAUAUGCUAGCUAAACAUUUCACUUAUUGUGUUGGUUUAUGUGUUUACACAUUUGUGUUGUAAUUUGUAAUAUUAUCUUUGUUUUACAGUUAUAUGGUUUUCUCCUGAUUUUGUAUGAACUCUGUUAGCUCUAUUUAUUUUUAUUUGGUUAUAUAUGUUCAUUUGUAUUUUUACAUUUCUAUUGUUUCAAAUAAAAAAAAAAU